AUGACCGACAAUCAAGGCGACAAUAUGAAUUUCGGCAACAGUAGCAAUUCUACCAAUACGAAUGACUCUUUAAACACUGACAAUAACAAUAUAAGUAGCUUUAAUGGUUACAGUAUCGCACAGUUGAGUCUGAAAUUCGAUGCAUUUGCGAAAGCCAGUCAAGAAGUUUCAAAAAGCUUAGCAAACUUUGAACAAGCGUUCGAAGAUUUGCAGGGAUUUUCAGUACCUCUUUCUAGUAACCAAGAUACAUUGUCAUCUCCAUCGUUGUCAUCACCAGUGGUGCCUUCAAUGCCAACUAUUGAAAUACAAGAUGCUUCACCUCCAAGAGCUGUCCCGACGAUGGAAUCAUCAACAUCUACAACUCCGCGACCUUCAUUUCAAAAUCUGGUGUCUUCGCCGACAGCAUCCUAUACCAUGAGUUUGAGGAUGCUAGAUCAAGAACAACCUCAAUCGGAAUCUCGAUCUUCACAAACACAAUCUCAAGAACAAACACAAUUUCAUCAAAAAAUUAAAACCGAAACGGAAUUUCAAUCCUUAUCUGCACCUCGACUUCAAAAUUCCAAUAAUGGAUGGCAAAAUACACCCAACAAACGAUUUGUACCUGCUUCCAGAGUCAUCGUAGGUCAAGAUGGCCGUCUCUGGACGUCAGAAGCGCGAGUCAAACUAAUGGAUGAUUUCAUUUACUACUUUCAUAAAAGAGAAGCAGAAAAUCCUAGACUAAAUCGUUCGACUAUCGGUAAAGAAUUAAAACAAUUGAUUGGCAACGAGUCAAAUCAAGACGUCGGACUUGAUCAAUUGCAAAGCCGUGUAUGUAAAUAUUUGAAACGAUACUCGACGCCAAUCGAUCCUAUUGUUAUGCAGGCUAUCGAUAGCUGGAUUUUCAUCAGUGUCAAUAGUCCACCAAUAAAACGCCGAUAUUCUGAACCCGAGGAACCGCUUAUUCCUACCGACAAUAAUGAUAAUGAUAGAGGAUCAAGAGCAAAACGAACACUCAGAAAUUUUUCGAUUGCACAAAUUCCUUUGUUUCCGCUUACUAUUCCUACAACUAACGUCAACAAUGAUGAUAUCAAUGACGCCGAAAACACCAAUAACAAUAAUUACGACAACCAAAACAACAUGAAUAGCACCAACAAUUAUAACAGGCUCAACAGCAACAAUAAUUAUAACAGCAUCGCUCAAAUGCGGCAAAAAUUCGACGCGUUUGCGAAAGCCAGUUAUGAAGUAUCAAAAAGCCUAGCAAACUUUGAACGGGCGCUCGAAGAUUUGCAGGGAAUUUCUUUUUCUCCAUCUACUGUCAGUAAUCAAGAUUCGUUUACAACUUUGUCGCCGUCGUCACCGACGGUGCCUUCUCCGUCAACUAUAGAAGUACCAGAUUCUUCACCUUCAAGAACUGUCCCGACGGGACACUUAACAACCAACUUAAAUAAUUCUUCAGAGUCAAUUCCGCUAAUGAGAGUUGAACCUGCCGUCAUGAUUCUCGAUGAAAUAUCGAGACGAACUCCCAUGAUAAUUGAAGAAAGACCGAGACCGACAACUCCGCGAAUUUCUUCACCUGAAUUAAUUGGCAGCUUUUUAUCUUCAUCAGCUCAAUCUCAUCGUCAAAAUAUAAUGUCUCCUUUGAUAUCUCCAACUCCAGCAGAGAUCCAAAUACCCAAUAGUAUAAAUCUGAGGUUGCUGCCACGACAAACACAAUCUCAUCAAGAACCUGAAACAGAAACGGAAUUUCAAGCAUUAUCUGCACCUCAACUUCAAAGUUCCAAUAAUGAACAGCCAAAUGCACCCAAGAAACGAUUUGUGCCUACUCCCAGAGCUGUCGUUGUAGGUCAAGAUGGCCGCGUCUGGACGCUGGAAGCGCGAGUCAAACUAAUGAGUGACUUCAUUUAUUACUUUCGUAAAAGACAAGAAGAAAAUAGUAAAGUGAGUCACACCACUAUAAGUGAGGAAUUGAAAAGAUUGAUGGGUGAAGAACCAAAUGACACCAAUUCAGGGGUGAGUUUUAAUCAUCUGAAAAAACGUGUAGGUAAAUAUUUGAGACGACAACACACGCCAUCUGAUCCUGUUGUCUUGCAAUCUAUCGAAGAUUGGGUACUUUGUGAAAAGGAAGCACACAAGUAA